AUGGCGUUUCAACCGCCUCAAUAUGGUACUAAUCCUCAACAGUUUUAUCAGCAGCCGCAAUUUCCACAACAAAAUGGAUUACAAGGUUUUUUUUUGUUUUUUUUUGGAAAAAAAUUAAAAUCGGGGUAUUUUUAAUUGAAAAAUAAGAUAAAAAAUUCAGGAAAUGUGCCAAAACCUGCUCAAAUGAAUGGCGGUUAUCAAAAUGGAAAUGCAGCAGCCCCACAGCAAUUCCCGCCACCUCAACAAUUCGCCGCUGCGCCACCUGCAAAACUGCCAGGACCUCCAACUGGUGCUCCAUUUACCAGGUCCACCGUUUAAUGGACAACCUGCAGCUCAACCUGGAGGUUUUCCACCAACUCCACAACAACAACCAUCUCGAGCACCAUCUGUAACCCCCCAACAAGCCGCUGCACAAUUCGGAGCUCCUCCACAAUUCCCUCAACAACAAAGAUCCGCAACUCCUUUGAAUAACGCGCCAAGUCCUGCUCAACAAGCUCCAGCUCCAGCUCAAAGAUAUCCAACAGGUUUCCCGCCUGGCCCAACACAACCUGGACUUCCUGGAGCUCCAAAUCAACAACCAGGAGGUUUCCAAGCUCCAGGAGCUCAACCGGGAGCUUUUCCUCCAGGACCAAGUGCUCCAGGAGCUUUCCAAGCUCAAAAUCAACAGCCAGGAGGUUUCCAAGCUCCAGGGGCUCAACCUGGAGGUUUCCAAGCUCAAAAUCAACAACCAGGAGCCCAACCAGGAGCUUUUCCUCCAGGACCCAGUGCUCCGGGAGCUUUCCCACCGGCUCCGGGAGCUUCAACCAGGAUCAUUCCAAGCUCCAGGAGCUCAACCAGGAGGUUUCCCACCAGGACCAAGUGCUCCAGGCGGUUUCCCACCGGCUCCAAAUGCUCAAGGCUUUCCGCCAGGUCCAGGAGCUCAACCAGGAGGUUUCCAAGCUCAAAAUCAACAACCAGGAUUCCCACCUGCUCCAGGAGCUCAACCAGGAGCAUUUCCACCAGGCCCAGGACAACAAUUCCAGCAACAAGGCCCACCACAAGGCUUCCCACCAGGUCCAGGACAACAAUUCCAGCAACCAGGCUUCCCACCGGGCCCACAAGGCUUCCCAGGCGCCCCAAAUCAACCAGGAGGCUUCCCAGGCGCUCCAGGACAACAAGGCCCCCCUCAAGGCUUCCCAGGCGCCCCAAAUCAACCAGGAGGCUUCCCAGGAGCUCCAGGUUUUCCAGGAGCACCAGGAGCCUAUCCAGGAGCGGCUCCCCAACAACGACAACAAAGACUAGACCCUAAUAUGAUGCCAAGCGCUGUUCAAGUGAUGGACGAUGAUACAACACGCGCCGGUCUCUUCCCAACCGGUUAUCCACACGCUGAACUUCCACCUCUAACUUCUACAAACAUCUACGCGCAAGAUCAAGGCAAUUGUAAUCCAAAAUUCAUGAGAUCUACACUGUAUAUGGCACCACAGGUUGAUACAAUGCUAAAAACGAGUCAAAUUCCAUUUUCUGUGGUUAUUUCGCCAUUUGCUCCGUUAAAUGAAUUGGAAAGGGAACCGCCUGUAGUGGAUUUGGGACCACAAGGACCUGUGAGAUGCGCGAGAUGUAAAGCAUAUAUCUGCCCGUUUAUGGAAUUUCAAGAUGGUGGGAGACGUUUUCGAUGUCCAUUUUGUCAUGCGUCAACUCCAGUUGAAGACGCGUAUUUCGCGCAUUUGGAUCAUACCGGACGACGAACUGAUAUUGAAAUGAGACCCGAAUUAUUCCUCGGUGCUUUUGAUUUGGUUGCAACUAAACAAUAUUGUAAAAAUGGAGUGCCGCCCAAAGAACCCGCAUUCAUUUUUCUGAUUGAUGUUUCUUAUAAUGCACUUUCCAAUGGAAUGGUACCAAUUAUUUGUCAGAAUUUGGAGAGGAUUUUGAGAAAUUUGCCGAGGGAAAGUGGACAAUUGGAUUCGUCGAUUCGUGUUGGUUUGGCGACUUUUGAUCAAGUUGUUCACUUUUUUGAUUUAUCGUCUGCAACUCCGAAAAUGCUGGUUAUGAGUGAGUUUUUCUGGGGGGUUUUUUUGAAGAAAAAUCGAUAAAUUUCAACUCAAAACUGCGUCUCCUGGUUAAAAUUACCAAAUUUUCAUUAAACAAAUCAAAAUUGACAGAAAAACAGCUCCGAAUUACUGACUUUUAAGCCACGGUGUUUCACUGUAUUUUCGAAUUUUGAAAUUUUUAAUGAGCCUAAGCAGAAUAAUAUUUUGUAAUAAAAAAACAUAUUUUUCCUAUGCAGGAAAACGUCGAAAAACAAAAUAUACACUUUAUUAUUUUUGAGUAGAGACAAUGUGAAAUUAAGAGAGUGCAGACAGAUAGAUUGAUUUUUCGCACAAAAAAUACAAAAAAAACUGUCUGCACUCUCUCAAUUUCACAUUGUCUCUACUCAAAAAUGAUAAAGUGUAUAUUUUGUUUUUCGACGUUUUCCUGCUUAGGAAAACUAUGUUAUUUUAUUACAAAAUAUUAUUCUGCAUAGGCCCAUUAAAAAUUGCAAAAUUCUGAAGAUAUAAAAAAAAAUUUGGAUCUGAUUUCUCUAUUAAUUCCGAUUUUUUAAUGAAAAUUUGGUAAUUUUAACCAGGAGACGAAGUUUUGAAUUGAAAUUGAUUCAAAUAGAUUUUUUAAAAUCAAUUUCAAUUCAAAACUGCGUCUCCUGGUUAAAAUUGACGACAUUUCAUAAAAAUCGGACUUUUAAGCCACGGUGUUUCACUGUUUUGAAGUUUUUCAACAAAUUUUUGAGAAGCUUUGUAAAUUGUGCUAAUUAGAUGCUUUUUCAAAUGAGCAAAAAAUGAGUUAGGCUAAUUUGAAAAAGCAUUUUCUAAUUAGUUAAAAAUUGCAAAUUUCGAAAAAACAGUGAAAACACCGUGACUAAAAUUCCGAUUUUUCAUGAAAAUUGGCAAUUUCAACCAGGAGACGAAGUUUUUGAAUUGAAAAUUUUUAAAGAUUUUUAUCUUGAAACCCCCCCCUGAUGUUAUUUUUGUUUCAGCCGACGUUCAAGAGCCAUUUGUUCCAUUGGUCGAUGGUUUGUUAUUACCGUACAAUGAAGCGCUGCCAGGACUUCGAGCUGCUUUGGCUGAAAUUCCAAAAAUCUUUGCGCCAUCGAAAACCACUGAAACAAUUUUGCAACCCGUUGUUCAAGCUGGUCUUGAUGCGUUGAAAGUGAGUUUUUUUGGGGGAUUUGGGGAAAAUUUUCGUGGUUUUUGACUCGCUGAACAAGAUUUCAAAAAUUCCAGAACUCUAGAUGAGUUAUGACGUGGCAAAAUUUGAAAAUUUCGAAAUUCGUGAUUUUGAAAAUAAAAAUUUGUAAAUUUUCCAGAUAAAAUGUGAAUUUUUCAGUUUUUGACAUCUGAAAAACUGAAAUUCAGGUUUUUUUUCAAAAUUGUACAAUUUUGAAAAUAAAAUCAGAAUUUCAGAAAAAUUCACAUGCUGGAAAAAUUAAGCUGACAAUUAAUUUUUAAUUUUGAAAACCCAAGAAUUCCUGAAUUCCCGAUUUUUCAUAAAUUUUCAAACUUUGCCACGUCAUAACUCAUGUUAGAAAUGGAUUUUUGUAGUUUUAGAUUACGAAAUUGUGAUCAAAAAUGCUGAAAAUAUAGAAAAAUUGUCGAAAAAAAAAUUAAUAAUGAACGAAAUUUUCAUUAUUUAUUUUCCACUGACGUCAAAAAAAAAUCUAGAAAUAGAAUGCUGAAAAAAAAUCUCCAAAAAAUAAUUUUCUAAAAUUUUCAGUGCGCCGAUCGUGCAGGAAAAUUGAUUCUAUUCUCCACAGUUUUGCCAACCUUUGAAGCGCCGGGAAAAUUGAAAACGAAAAACGAGCGAAAUUUGUUGGGAACCGACAAAGAGAAGAGCGCUCUAGUACCACAAGAGGAAAGUUAUACGAAAUUAGGAGAACAAUGUGUGAAAUCUGGAGUUACUGUUGAUUUGUUCCUCUUCCCAAAUGCUUUUAUCGAUGUUGCCACAAUCGGACAAAUGUCAGCGGUGACUGGUGGAAGUAUUUUCAAAUUUCAAUAUUUUUCGGUGAGUUUUUAAUGGGCUUUUGAUAGGGUAAAAUUUUGAGAGAGCACAGACAAAAGCUAGGAUUUUGAAAGUAAAACUUUGAAAUUCUGAACAAUUUUCCAAAAGUCAAAAAACCUCGUAUUUUUUGAAGCUCAAAAUCAACGAAAAAAACUCGAUUAAAACCGCAUUUUGAAGCUUGAGAUAUGAAAAAUUAAAAAAAUAAUUUUUUUACCAAAAAAUGAUGUUUUUUCAUAUCUCAAAUUCAAUUUUUGAUAACAGUAAUCUACAGUAAUCCAAAGAGGACCACUCAAGCUUCAAAAUGCGCAUUUGAUCGAAUUUUUUUCGUUGAGUUUGAGAUGAAUUAGGAAUUUUUGAAAAUUGUUCAGAAAUUCAAAAAUUACAAUUUUCAAAAAGUCAAAAAACCUCGUAUUUUUGAAGCUCAAACUCAACGAAAAAUCAUUUUUUUGACCAAAAAAUUCUGAAAGUUUUCUUAUUUUUUCAUAUCUCAAAUUCAAAUUUUGAUAACAGUACUCUACAGUAGUCCAAAGAGGACCACCCAAGCUUCAAAAUGCGCUUUUGAUCGAGUUUUUUUCGUUGAGUUUGAGCUAAGUUACGAAUUUUCAAAAACAUGACGUUUUUUAUCAAAUUUCAUCACAAAAUAUUUUUGAUCUACUUCACAUUUUUAGGCCGAAAAAGAUGGCAUUCGCCUGUUGAAUGAGCUCGAAAGACAUGUAUCCAAAAAAAUCGCAUUCGAUUGUAUGGUUCGCGUGCGAACAUCGUCGGGAAUUCGGCCCGUCUCAUUUUCGGGCUCAUUUUAUAUGGAAAAUGCGACGGAUUUGGAAAUUGCGUCGAUUGAUGAGAGCAAAUCGUUUGUUACCGAAAUUAAGCAUGAUGAUAAAUUGAGCGAUCAAUCGGCUAUUAUUCAGGUGGGAGUGGAAUUUUGGGUGGAAAAAAUGGAUUUAAGAACCUUAAAAUUAGGGUUGAACAAAAAAUUUGCUUUAAAAUGAGCCUAAACUUGUCACGUGGAUUUAAGAACCUUAAAAUUAGGGUUGAACACGAAAUUUGCUUUAAAAUGAGUCUAAACUUGCCACGUGGAUUUGGGAACCUUAAAAUUAGGGUUGAACACGAAAUUUGCUUUAAAAUGAGCCUAAACUUGUCACGUGGAUUUAAGAACCUUAAAAUUAGGGUUGAACACGAAAUUUGCUUUAAAAUGAGUCUAAACUUGCCACGUGGAUUUGGGAACCUUAAAAUUAGGGUUGAACACAAAAUUUGCUUUAAAAUGAGCCUAAACUUGCCACGUGGAUUUAAGAACCUUAAAAUUAGGGUUGAACACAAAAUUUGCUUUAAAAUGAGCCUAAACUUGUCACGUGGAUUUGGGAACCUUAAAAUUAGGGUUGAACACGAAAUUUGCUUUAAAAUGAGCCUAAACUUGCCACGUGGAUUUGGGAACCUUAAAAUUAGGGUUGAACACGAAAUUGGCCUUAAAAUGAACCUAAACUUGCCACGUGGAAAAAUAGUUUUCAUCAAAAAUUCAGAAUUUGGUCCUGAAAUCCAUCCAAAUUCUCAGAAGCUCCCAAAAAUCAGAAAAUAUUCAAGAUUUUUCAAAAAUUUGCCUGAUUUCGAAGAAUUUCGGUUGAAUUUGAGCCAAAACUUCUGAAAUUCUGAAAAUCGCCUGAUUUUUCAAUAGUUGGAAGAAUUUUUCAUCAAAAAUUCAGAAUUUGGUUCUAAAAAAAGAAUCAGAUCUUGAAAUUUUCAAAAUUAGCUUGAUUUCGAGAAUUUCCAAAUUUUGGUUGAUCCGGGACUAAAAAAUCUGAAAUUCUGAAAAACAGGUCUAAAAUUACUCAGGAAUCGCCAGAUUUUUCAAUAAUUGGAAGAAUUUUUCUGAAAAAUUAGGCAGACCCGGUUUUAUCAGCAUGAAAACUAUCGAAAUUCAUUUUCCUAAUUUUCCAGACCGCAACCUUGUACACCUCAGUUUCUGGUCAAAGAAGACUUCGUAUUCUAAAUAUUUGUUUGCCUGUGUCAGCCGAUUUCAAUCAAUUAUAUCGAAUGGCUGAUCCUGAAUCAUUGACAACAUUUAUGUUCAAACAAGCGAUUCAAUUGAAUCGUGAAAAAGGAAACAAAGAAAUGAAAGAUCAAUUAUCACAAAGAUGUGCACAAUUAUUGGCAACAUAUCGUGAAAAAUGUAGCGAAUCUUGUCCGCUGGGACAAUUAAUAUUACCAGAGUCACUCAAAUUGAUGCCGCUAUUUGUGAAUUCGAUUUUGAAAAAUGAUGCGAUUAGUGGAGGAAGUGAAAUGACAGUUGAUGAUAAAGUUUGGCAAAUGGAAUUGAUUCGAGGAAUUCGAACAGAAGAUGCGAUGGCUUUGGUUUAUCCUAGAGUUUUGCCAGUUUCAGAUAUUGAAGUUGCAGAAGGCGAAGAAUUGAAAGAAUUGCCGAAACCUGUGAGAGCUAGUGUGGAGUUUUUGGAUAAUACAAAAGCCUAUAUAAUUGAUAAUGGUGUCGUGACAUUUUUAUGGAUUGGAUUGGGUGUUGCACAACAAUGGUGUCAGGAGAUUUUUGGUGUUGGAGCGGUGACAAUGAUUGAUGCGGAAACUGGAAUUAUUCCGGAAAAGGAUAAUGCGAGAUCGCGAGCGCUUCGGAAAGUUUUGCAAAUUUUGCCAAAACCGAUUCGACAAAGGAAGAUGUUUAUAAUUGUGGAGAAGAGUGGAAUGGAACCGUGGAUGAAGAAGUUUUUGGUUGAGGUGAGGGUUUUGGGGGGGGGCUGGGGGCUGAAAAUGUCUUGGCUAGAAAAUUUUUGCUAAUUUGCCACGUGGAUUUUUUUGAAUUAAAAAACAGCGAGAAAAAGUUUGUUUCUGAAAUUUUCUUUUGAAAAAUGUGGAUUUUUUUGUAGAAAUUUUUGAAAUCCAAUUAGAUUUCACUUGGAAAAUAGGAAAAAUAGUUUUUUUUUAUUUUCUAUCAAAAAAAUUAAGCCUGCAUUUUGCCAUGUGGAUUUUUUUUGUAUAAUUUUUUUUUGAAGUUUUUGAAACCCAAGCCUUUUAUUAUUAGAUUUUAAAAAAAUUCAAAAUUUAUAUCAAGAACGUUUUUCAAUUGAAAAAUAGGGAAACAUAGUUUUGAAGCCAAAAAUACUGAAUUUUGCCACGUGGAUUUUUUGUAGAUUUUUUUUUGAAUUUUUCAAACCCUAAUUAGAUUUUUAUUGAAAAUAGGGAAAAAAUAGUUUUUUUUUCUUUUGAAAUUUUCUAGAAAAAAAUUUUCAAGCCAUAACUUUUGUCUAUUAAAACAAAUCCUGGAAUUUUUUUGCCACGUGGAUUUUGAGCAGCUCAAAAAUGUGCAUUUUCACCUUAAGUUCAACAACCUCAAAAUUUUACGUUUCAAAAAUUUUAUAAUUUUCGAAAUUUUUUGUCAAAAAUAAUUCCAAUAUGCCUCUCAUUCGGAUCAGUUUGUAUUAUUGAAUUAAAAACACGUGAGAAAUAAAAAACUAGGUCAAGUGAUGUGGAUUCAAAAACAGUAUAGGUAGCCAUGUCGUCAGUCGCGAUGCGGUUCUGCGUUGCGUGUUGACCUCGAUAUUUUCCAUUGAAUUUGCCAAAUUUUCAUUUCUAAAAACGUGUCGCUCACACGCAUCGCGACUGACGACAUGGCUACCUAUACUGUUUUUAAACCCAAAAUAGAUUUCACUUGAAAUUUUCUAAAAACAAAUUUUCUCACGUAUUUUUAAUUCAAUAAUAAAGACAACUUUUUUAUGUCAUUUUUUGCCACGUGGAUUUUUUUGCAGCUCAAAAAUGUGCAUUUUUCACCAGAUUUUCAAGUCAAAACAAUUUUCGUAAACCAUGAAAUUUUACGUUUCAAAAUUUUGAUAAUUUUCGAAUUUUUUUCCUGAAAUGUUUCUACCUCAUCCCAAAUUUUAUGAAGUUUUCAAAUUUCCAAAACAAAAUCUCAAAAAUAUUUUUGCAGGAUAAAUCGUCACCAACAACAAUGUCAUAUGUCGAUUAUCUAUGUCACAUGCAUCGCGAAAUUCGAAAUCUUAUUUCAUAA